AUGCAAAUUCGAAGCGCCUCAAUAUCCUCCUCGAUCCUGGCAGCCAUCUCGACUGACCCCGCCAACCCCAACCGACGCAGCUUCCGCAUCAAGAUCUUCCGGGUCCUCGUGUCCUUCCUCUCCCUUUUCAGCCUGCCCCUCUCCCGCUACCGCGCCGCCGACUUUCUCGAGCUCCGACACAAUGUCUGGCACAUGGAUGAAGAAGAGUACACGAACUCUUUCGAUCUAGCAGAGAAGCGCAGCAAGCGCAAGGGCCGCGAGUCCGACUUGCACCCCGUCGGCGACCUGGGCUACAGCGGUUCGACCUUCUUCACGACAGCGGACGGCAAGUUCCUCAUCAAGUCGCUGCCCCGCCGAUUCGAGCACGAGUUCUUCACUCACGACCUCUUCGAUGCCUACGUAGCCCACAUGAAGGAGCACCCUCACAGCCUGUUGGUGCGCAUUACCGACAUGGUGUACACCUCCCUUGCAACUCUUGGCGGCAUCCUGGGCACGGCCCCGACGCACCACAUCAUCAUGGAAAAUCUUCUCUACGGCAAGGAGAUGGAGGAGACUGAACAUCGCAAAUCAGGGUGGGAGACGUACGAUCUCAAGCCGAACGACUACUUCUUCCCCGAGCGAGACAUUGCAGGCGGAAAGCUGGCCCCAGAGAGUGUCAAGGAGAGGCUCAUCGAUGAAUUCCCCGACAAGAUCCGCAUGAAGGCGGACAAUAGGCAAGAGCUCCUCGACCUCCUCGACGCCGACACCAAGCUUCUCGCAGACAACAACGCCGUCGACUACUCCCUCUUUCUCGUCCGCUACCCCGGCCCGAACGUCACCGACGGCGACCGCGAGAAUCCUCCCUCCAUCCAAUCCGAUGCACACCCCUGGCGCACCGGCAUCGUCGACGCCGAUGGCAAUUGGAUCUACCGCGUCGUCGUCCUCGACUUCUUCUGGGCCAAGCACAAGUUCCGCGCGAAGCUCAUGACAGGACUCGUCGAUUCCUACAACGUUGUUGCGGGGCAUGGACCCAUGAGCAUCACCGCCAACCCCGCCGAGUACCAGCAAAGAUUCGUCGACAUGGUCAAGGACAUCGUCAUUGAGGCUUGA